CGCCUAUGUGUCUUCACAUUGGCUGGUGUGUACGUUCAGUUCACACAUCUACUGCCCACCGAGCCCUUGUCCUCGAAUAAUGAUUAACCUUUUCUAUCCACACUUUGACGUAAAAAAACAAAAUACAAAAUAUAAAAAUAAAGAGGAGAAGGUAAACUUGAGUCUCCCACUAAAAACUUUCAACUUUCAUUUUAUCAAAUUUUCUUACCUGUACGCUCUGCACUUUACCCCUUGCAUGUCGUCCGCUUCUCCUCGCAUGUCCUUCGCUUUUCCUCCCGCAAUAUAUUUCGUUCUCUUUUCACACAGCUACCACGGAUGCUUCCUUUUCAAGGCUGCUAUGGGUUUGUUCAUCGUGACCCAAGCGUCGUCAACGCCAUGGACUUCAAAGUCGGAGCAUCGAUCCUCAGAUCCUCGUCGAGAUUGGGAAAGAGAUCAACGAAUGCAUUCAAGAGCCACAAGGAAGCAGAGAGGAGACGCAGACAGCGUAUCAACGCCCACCUCUCUACCCUCCGUUCUCUCCUCCCCAGCGUCACCAAGACGGACAAGGCCUCCUUGCUAGCGAAGGUGGUGCAUCACGUGAAGGAGCUAAUAAGGCAAGCCGCUCAAGUGGCACGUCAGGACGGGGACGGUUUCUGUGGCAGCAGCAGCAGCAGCAGCAGCGGAGGAGGAGGAGGAUCAGAGCCUGAAAAGUACUGUGCGUUCCCGGGAGAAUCAGACGAGGCGACUCUGAGUUAUUGUGAUGGGGAAGCGAAGACGAUGAGGGUGAGCGUGUGUUGUGAGAAUAGACCAGGGUUGAAUUGGGAAUUAUCGCAGGCGAUCCGAUUGGUUCGAGGCAGGGCGGUCCGGGCUGAGAUGAUGACGGUUGGAGGACUGACUAAGUGUGUGGUGGUGCUGCAAUGGGCUAGUGGCGGUGGUGGAGAUGAGGAGGCGAGAAUCCUGAGAAGAGCGUUGAAGGCCGUCGUGGAGAAUCGAGUCUCGGGUUGUGGGUUGGGCCAGCCUUCUUAGGCCAGGGGGGAAGGACCCAAGCAUGCUUUGCUUUGCUUUACAACAUUCACAUGCAUCCUUCCUUUUAAAGGGAGAAAAAUAGACUAGUAGGCAUAUCCCAAUACCAUGGAGCUGGAAAUGCGAUAGCGCACAGCCAUGUAACUUUUUGGCAAACGGAUAAAAGCUUUCACUAGCGGGCAAGCAUGUUAUGCAAAGCUAAAAAGACAAGAUCAUGCUAGCUGGAGCUCUCCAAAUUGUUUACCAGAAGAGAAAUGGUCUGGCUGGCAAUCCCGUAAUUAAGCACCAAAUGGAUCAUUUUAUUUUACUUUAUUUUCCCCUCAUUUUUCUCUUAUAUAUUCUUAAUUUUUGUCCCAGUUAAAUGCUCUUACGUACGUUAUAGGAUCAAGAAUUUGUCCGAUAAUUGCUAACAGUAGCUUCCUUUAGAUUUGAUUUAGCGAACUGGGGCUUUCAUGGCUUAUUAUGCCCUUUCCUGGCAUUACCAAUUCCUUGCCGGGUUUCCACAGAAAUUGUCCUAGUUUCAAUUCAGUAGACCAAGAUAUUCUUUAGAAUCAUUUCUCUAUACUAAAUUGAAGAAGAGAUUUGAGAGCAGAUCAAUGAUCUGCUACUCUAUUAUGGCAG